AUGCCGCCCAGCCGAGAAGUGACACACCAUCAGUCGGAACUCGAACGGCAUGCAGAGUUCAGUCUUAGCUCUAGAGAGGUCUGUAGCGCGGCCGGGCAAACGAGCGAGGCCCAAGUUGCGGCUCUCGAGUGGAGAGCCGUCCGUCUGGCAGGAGCGCCCCGUCCUGCUUCUUCUCGAAGGCUUGGCGGACCUGCAGUGGGUCAAUCAAAUGGACCUCGUCUCGUCCUGCUGGAUGCCUUCUGCUUCUUCAUCGUCUUGUUCUCGCCAGCCAGCCCCCAGCUUGGCUGCCGCCAACCAGCAGCUUCAGGUGCCGAGCUGUGGCUGGGGUCAUCAUCCACCACGGGUCGAUGUCGCCGUUAG